AUGAGUAGUACCAGGAGAGUCCAAUAUUCCGUGCGAGCUGUUGACGGACACACUGAUGGUACUGACGAGUCAUUCACAAUCCACACCAAGGAGAACGAACCCACUGCUUGGUGGAAGGUCGACCUCAACGUGGAGGUACAUUCUCCCAUGAUUAGGAUCUUCUUCAGAUUUGACUUUCCAAAACCAACGCUUACGACAGUAACCCCAGGGUGUGCGGAAGGAGUGUGGUAUGGACCCGACUGUAGGAAGUUAUGUACUGCACGUCACUGCAAGAUAAAGUCCAGUUGUGAUGUGACACAAGGCGCGUGUGACGGUGGAUGCAAUCCUGGGUGGCGUGAAGCUGACUGCACACAGGUUUGCCCAGCUGGUGCCUAUGGUGUGGAUUGCAACAACGCCUGUGGUAGAUGUGGUAACACCAGCUUGUGUCACCACGAGACCGGCAGUUGUCCAGAUGGAUGCGAGGCAGGAUGGCAUCUGGAUCUGUGCAAGGAAGCUUGUCCUAACGGGAAGUACGGGUUGAACUGUGCGGCACAAUGCGGUCACUGUAACGGGAGCUGUGACGUUGUGGACGGGAGAUGUCUCCAGGGAUGCAGUCAUGGAUACAGAGGUCCUCGCUGUCUCCGUGUUAUAGGUCAGAGCAGGAACCCGCGCAUUCAAAAUCGGACUCUGUACAUAGCAGGCGGGAAGACGACAGCUUUAUCAAAAGAGAAUCAAAAACAGAAACUUCCCAACACCAACAAAACGACCCAUUCGUUUACAAAGAUUACCGGUCUAGGUGUUCUCGUUGGUGGGCUUGUCGGAGUGGCGCUGACACUAAUCUUAGCGGUUGCGGUGUAUCUGUGUUUACAUUGUAGACCAUGCAGGCUGUAUUGGAAUCACAGGUCUGUGAAGGAAGAGGAGACUAAAGACACACAGAAAUCGCUGACCAAAGACACAGGAAAAUCGCUGACAAUAAACAAGAGAAUCGAGACCUGUGUCUAGAACAUUAUGAAUGCAUUUACUGACAUGCAUUAGGACUGCGAUAAUCCUCCAGGAACUGACGAAAUGUUUUAAAAUGACAAACCAUACAUUCUAUGAUGAGGAAUAACUAUAUCUCCGCCCGGUGAUCGAUAACAGUAUAAUCAGAGUGUAUUCCGUCACCUAUGUUUUGUGUCUGUGAAUGCUUCAUUUAGAUAGUCUGUUUUCUCUGACUGGAACCCCUUAGUGCCACUUAUUCUUUUGACUUACGUUGGUGCAUGCACUUCAUUGUAAGGCACAGUGCCAGUUUUAUACCAUGGCAAGGGAGAUCCAGCGAUGUUCAGGCCAGCACAAGAUAACUAAGGGAAGUGUUUCAAAUCCUAUACCCUUCCUAUUAACUGUGUGUUUUAAUGUUUUGUUAUAAUAUAUGGGUACUAUGAUGGAUGAAGCGUUUGCUCGUGACGAGGACACGGGUUCGAUUCCGUUCUCUUGCUUUAAACUCUCACAUGGGUUACGAUACAUUUGAGCAUCGCAUUGCUAUCAACCGCGUUGUAAUGUCAACUGUUGAAUUGCCAAUCGUAUUUUAUUGUGUUUCCCUUAAAGGACACGGGCCCAGUGCACUAUAUUUUAUCACUUAAAGUACAGACCUCUAUCGUCUUACCGAUCCCGAGUCAUUGUGAUUAUCUAGACAAUGUACAGAAAUCCGAUUCUUAAUACAGAUAGCAACUUGAAGUGUAAUAAGUAACUAAUCAUUGUAUAUUUAAAUACCAAUUACUCAGACGAAUAAUUGUAUUUUACAGGAAACACUAUCUAAAUGGACAAAAGUUAUGGAUACAAUGGUUGAAAAUCUAGCAGCAGUGUUUGCAUACCAUAUAUAAUAAACAUCUGUAAGAUUUCAAAAGCUUUGUGAAAUAUUAAACAGGCAACCUUGAUGGAUGUUAUGUUUGUAUUUACUGUAAAAAAUAAACGUUCUUUCCUUGUCAAACAAAAGACAUAAUGGAUA